UGCAAGUGUUUUCAUGAUGAUGACACAUACGUUGCAGAGCAUUCACAGAGAGAGAGUGAGAGGCAGAUAGGGAGACAGAGAGUACUUGUCCAUCGCAGCUGAUACCAGUGCCGCCGAACAGCACGCCAAGUGUGCGACGCGAGUGAGGACGGUUGCGCGAUAGCAGAGUUAUGGUGGUGGAGUGUGCGCGCAUCAGACAGACCCGGCACCGCGGUACUAACUAGUCAGGACCAGCGACCGUUGCGAGCACAGUCUACGAUCGGACAGGGACCCAAACGGAGGUAGGCCAUCGCAGAGUGGACAACUCCUUUCCAGCUCGAAGUGCUACCCCCGCCACCGCGAUACUAGAAGCUACAAAUCGUGCCAGUGUAUAAAACCUUCCAUUCCAGCAGUACUAAAAGUUAGUAAAGUCUGAAGUGUCUAAGUACACCAAGUAAAGUGAGCCACGAAACAAAAAAACACUUAAAAGAUAGCUGUGUAGAGUGUAGUAAUACCCGAAACGCCUUGGUUGUGCGUGUUUAGUGACCAGUUUCGACCAGUGAAUGCAGCAAACCCUGCCCCCUGAACCCUGUCUGAAGUGACCCACAGAGCGAGAUAAUGGGCAACGGAACGAAAACCACCCAGCAACGGCAGGCGGAAGAGGAUCGGGCCGAUCUAGCGUCCACUGUGGAGGAGGAGGAACGCGAGCAGCUGACCGCCCCCUCCAAUCUGCACUACAUUCAGCCGAGCUUCAUUUCGCUCAUAAGCGAAAAGCAAUGGAAACCGGACGUGGAAAGGGCGCAGGACGUGCCGGUGUAUGGAAGGACCACGAUGGCCACGACGAUACUGACGCAGGAAGCGCACACGAACGGGGCCCGCAUGCAGCUGAUCAUGAGCAUACUGGCGAAUCUGACCGUACUGUCGUCCGGGAUGGGGCUGGGAUAUUCGGCCAUUACGCUGCACGCGCUUACCAGCGAGGACAAUCCGAUGCGUAUGAACUCCAGCCAGGCAUCAUGGUUCGCAUCCAUCAGCUCGUUCGCGUGCCCCCUGGGCGGGCUCGUUUCCGGCUACCUGCUGGAUCGCAUCGGGCGCAAGAAGACGCUCAUGCUUAUCAACGUACUCUCGAUCGUGUCCUGGGCGCUGAUCGCCGUCUGCAGCACGACCAACUUUGAUCUGAUGUACACCCAGAUCCUGAUCGCGCGUGUCAUCAUCGGCAUUGUCAUCGGGUUGGUAAGCGCACCGGCCUCGAUCUAUUCGGCCGAAAUCGCGACGCCGAAGAUGCGCGGACGGCUAACCGUGCUAACGUCGCUCAGCAUUGCCGUCGGCAUCCUGCUCAUCUACUCGAUGGGCUACGCCGUGCCGGACGAUUUCCGGCUGGUGGCCGGACUGGCGGCCGGCAUCUGCGUACUGUCGCUCGCCCUGCUGCUCUUCAUGCCCGAAUCGCCCGCCUGGCUAAUGUCGAAGGAUCGCGAGGAGGAAGCGGAACGAUCGCUCAAGAAGAUCCGCGGCUACGGUGCGUACAGCCAGCGCAUCCCCGAGGUGGAGAAGGAGCUGAUGCGCAUGCGCGACAACGUGCUCGCUCAGCGCCGUGCCGGGCAGGAAAGCUUCCUGCGCCUGCUGAAGCAACCGCAGGUGUAUAAGCCGCUCGGUAUCAUUAUCGGCUUUUUCGGCUUCCAGCAGUUUUCCGGCAUCUUCGUGAUCGUGGUGUACGCGGCAAAGGUGUCCUCGGAGGCGAGCGUCUCGAUGGAUCCGUUCCUCUGCACGGUGCUGAUCGGGAUAACGCGCGUCGUCGCGACCAUGCUGGUGGCGUACAUCCUGGACACGCUCGGCCGCAAACCACCGUCCAUCUUUUCCGGCGUCGGCAUGCUGGUGUGCAUGUUUGGGCUGGCACUGUGCAGCUACUUCCCACCGAUCCAGUCGCUCAACUGGAUCCCGACCGUGCUGAUCCUCACGUACAUCUUUACCAGCACACUCGGCUUUCUGACCAUGCCGUUCUCGAUGCUGGCGGAGCUGUUCCCGCAAGCAGUGCGUGGGCCUGCCUCCGGUGUGACCGUGUUCUUCACCUACCUGAUGUCGUUCUGCACGAUCAAGCUGUACCCGACGAUGGUGGAGCUGCUCGGCAGUGCGAACGUGUUCCUCAUCUACGGUGCCGUCUCGCUGCUCGGCGUCCUGUACGUCAUCUACGUCGUGCCCGAGACGAAGGGCAAAUCGUUGCAGGAGAUUGAGGAUUACUUCCGCGGCAUGUCGCACGGUUCCACGCCCUCGCAGGAGGUGGAGGAGGACGAGGUGAGCAAUCUGUCGUCGGAGAGCGUGUGAACGCCCGGGUGGCACGCGCGCCUUGCGAACGAGAACGCGUGCGAACGCGCUUUUGUUGACGCCAAUUUAGAGGCCGGCUUACUGGCACGCCGCCACAGAAUGAUGGCGGCGGCUUACGCAGAUGCGUCCCCUUGCUGCUCAGGAGUUUCGCUUACCAUUAUUGGGUUCAAUUGAUGUCAAUCAGUUGGAAGUACGCAACCGUGGUGACCAUCCUUUGGCUGGUGGCGUUUGGAGUCAAGCGCCACACGCAUAGACACUACCAUACACACAUACACCCUAAUUUGGAAGGAAUGCGCUGAUUAGGUUUAAUUGGAAUGCGUCGUUGUGGUUAAUCUUGCGCCAGGAGAAACGCACACACUCAGCAAAAUAGCAUAGCAGAAAGAGGCCGGGCGGUUCACUCGUUUGGCGGUUGGAUUUCGAAUUGAAACCUGCACUUCUGGGAAUAGUAGGAGAAGUAGAUCGUUAAUAUUAAUUUAGCCCGCGCUCUGUGAUCAACGAUAGAUCUGUGAUCCGUCAAGGAAAACUUAAAUGUCCACCUCUACCCCCUUAACCCUAGAAAUAGUACUAUGUGGUCAAUAGUAUCUCAACGCAUACGUUUUUGAUAGUUUAAUAUAGCAUUAAUAGUGUCCGAUAAACGAAAUAGAAACACACAAACACACACUUUCAUAUCUUGUCAACGGAAUAGGACUGAUUAGUUCCCAUCAACUCCUUUACCAGCAUCACCGACCGAGUGUGUAUGAUUGAGAUAUAGAGAGCAAAUAAAGAAUGAGAAGAUUAAAAAAAA